GAAAAUGCUGCAGCAUCCGGUCGUCUCUCCUCCUCCUCCUCCUCCUCUUCUCUCCAUCUCGUGCAUACCGGCUGUUUCCUCCCCCUUCUUCCUCUCAGUCUCCGUGCUGUAGCCUUGCUGUGCGGUCGUCUGAGCACUCUGUUGUAGCACCAAAGGGAGGAGGAGCCAACGGCGCACACACACACACACACACACACACACACACGCAAACUCACAUAGACACACACACUCUGACAUCUCACAUCAUCUCUUCUGCACGCUCACUGUAAGCACCAGACAGCAAGUCUACCAGCCAGCCAGCCAGCCAGGCCCGUUUGGAGCAGGGGAGCCCAGCCGUCUCGUCGCCCAAGAUGGAUGCAUUGAUGAAAGGGUUCUCAAUGGCCAAGGAGGGAGUGGUGGCCGCCGCAGAGAAAACCAAAGCUGGAAUGGAGGAGGCAGCAGCCAAGACCAAGGAAGGGGUGAUGUAUGUAGGCAGUAAGACAAAGGAGGGAGUUGUGUCAUCAGUAAACACAGUGACCAACAGGACCGUGGAUCAGGCCAACAUCGUUGGGGACACAGCGGUUGCUGGGGCCAACGAAGUGUCACAGGCAACCGUGGAGGGUCUCGAGAAUGUUGCCGCAUCGACCGGGGUGAUCAACCAGGAGGAGCCGGUAUACGAGGGAGAAUAUGGAGGAAUGGAGCAGGGUGGGGAAGGAGGAGAGGGGUAUUAGUCUUCUUCAGGACCUCGCCUCCCGUGUUCUCUGGCGGCCCCUCGCUCCCCUCGCCUCGCUGUACCAGACUCCAGAUGUCCAACAUAUUUUUUUGUGACUUUACAGAACCAAAAUCAACUAAAACAGACUCUUCCGGAUGCCGCCCCUCAACCCCCAACUCCCCGUUUGCCUCGUCACUCAGUGAUGCUCCCACCUGUCCUCAUCCCUUCUCCUCCCCUCUGACUUUCUGCAGCCUGUAGCGUAACCUCCACUGCCCGUCUUACCCUCACCUCACCCGUGUGUUAGUGUCAUCCUGAUAUGAACCCCGGUGUUGUUACCGCCCCCACGCCUACCCACCCAUAGGGAAAUCUCACACACAAACACACAGGUACACACAAACAAAAAGAGAUACACCUUCAUUUGACACAUGCAUGAAACACACACAUACAGUACAUACAGUCAGAGCCAGCACAGACGCACACACUGGGCAAACAUGUGUUAAUUAACUGUAGGAUUUUAGGUGUGUAAAUACAGCUAAGCCUCUGCAGUCCACCACAAUAACAAUAACUCACUGCGAGACCGAGGCAGGGUGUGAGAGGGUGUGUGAUCUGCUGUUUGUGCGCCUGUGUGUCCACAAUAGCUUAUAUAUAUAUGUGUGUGUGUGUGUGUGUGUCUGUGCGCGCACAUAUGUAGCUGCUGGCAUAUAAAAUAAAUCUCCAGAGGCUUGAGCAAGGAAUUCGUGCAUUGAGGACAGAUAUCAUUCUGUUAUGUGUGCAGUAGUUAGCUAGCUACAAUAGGCUGCAUGAACAGAUGUGUAGAAUGACUUGUCUUGUGCUGUAACUAUAGAGUAGCGGCUGUUAUGUGUAGCUUUGUAUGGAUUAGUGUGUGUCGCGCCUCAACAUUUAGAAACAGGGUUAUCACAGUGUCAUUAACCAGUAAGCAAUACACAAAGUCCUUUCUUAUCAGCUUUUAAGAGUCGAAGAGUUUAACAGUUAAUAAGUGUUGGUUUAAUUAGAUUUGUCAGGGUCAUCUCCCUGCAAACAACCAGAGUCUGAUAUUUAAAUUGUAAUUGGUUCAUGGAAUUAUCCUUCUUUCCAACACAUCCCAGCCCACUUCAAACUAGCACUAAGAGCACCAGUUUCGCUCUAAUUGUAUAAAUAUAAUGUGAUCAUGUAUGCAGGACCCCAUCACUUAUAGUACUUAAGAAGCUGAUUAACUUCUUCAACCCAGUCAUUACAAACUUAAUGUUAAAACCCUCACGGGAUUGUCUGUUAAAUCCUAGUAGAAUAUGUCAUGCAGAACUUCAGUCCUGGGUUUGAAUAUUCCCCUCACAGGAAACAUCAAAUAGCUUUUCAUGAAGAGCUCAAACAAGCUGAUACAGAAUAUAUGUCAGACACAAGGCAAUAAGACUUUUCACAUUAAAAGCUACUUCUGGCAAAAGCUGGGUUUACAAAAAAAAAAUUCAAGGAGGAAAUAUAAGCAGCUGAUAUUGAUUGCUUCUUGUUAUUGUGUAGUUGCUUUUAAGUCUUUGUUAAAGUGGUCUGCAUGCCAUCGGACGAAACAAGCAGUCUUAUUACAGUUACAGUGAUGAAAAACAUCAUUCAGUGAGGGAAUCAGUCCGCUAAGAGAGGAGAAUGAAAGUUUGAGUUUAAUCAGCUUUAUGUGUAGCUCUGUGAACAGCUUGAAUUCUGGGAUAUGUAGUUGUUUUUUAGGGUAGUUUUUAUUUCACACUAACUGGUCUGAACCCUCUCAGUGCGACCACCUUUCACUGCUCGUCUGCCCGGCAAUAGUGUGUGUGUCUGAAUGCACUGUAUGUGUGUGUGUGUGUGUAUCUACACGUGUGUGUUAACAUAGAACCGGUUCAGCCAGCAAAGUGUGUGAGUGUGUGUUUGUGUCUGGAUCAGGUUUGUGUGUUUUUACUUUGAGGCCAAUGGAAACUGAUGACUGCAUGUUGCCUUAUCAAGCAAUCUGACAUUCACACACACCCAUACACAUAAGACUACACACUACACCACACUUGUAUCAACACACACACAUACAGCACACUAAACAAGACAAAUCACAAAUCCCACCUCAAAUACACAAACACAAAUAUCGCACACCAUGUUUAAGUUGGCAUCAAAGCAGACUCGCUGAUUUUAUAAACAGUAGCAGUGAAAUUAAAAAGGUUUUGUUGAAAUCCAGCUACUGUGUCAAGAAUUUAUUUGAAGAGGAACACUGGGUGUUGGGGGAACACAGCCUGACUGAAAAUGCAAAGUUUUUUAACAUUACACAGUAAGAUCAGUCAGUACAGUGGCUUAAACAAACAAAAUAAAAUCUGGAAGCAGAUUUUGCUAGCUUUAGACAAAGUCAGGCUGUUUUCCAGAUUCCAGCUAUCACGCUAAGCUAAGCUAACGCCUGCUGGCCUUAGCUUCAUAUUGAACUUACAUGAGAAUACUAUCGAUCUUCUUUUACAAACGCUUAUUUCCCAAAAUGUCAAAAUUUGCCUUUAAUCUUGUGUUGGUCACUGUGAGUGCAGCCUGUUUUCCCAUUACCCCCAUGCUAUUGUGCGUUUCUGUAAUUCCCUCUUCCAGGCAUCAUGGACAAGAUUGGUAAGGUUGUGGAAGACGUCACAGAAUUCCUGGUUAACAAGAUAUGUUGCAGGAUACUUUUUGAUAUGACUGUGUCUAUCACACACAUACACACACUUUUAUUCAUAAUACAGGAAUAAUAGUCCACCCAGUUCGUGACAGAAUAGUAUGAAAAUAAACUGAUGCGAUACUGUUGGAUAUUUUUCUGAACAUUUUAUUGGUUUCCAAAAAAAUGAAUAAAAUAAAAACAAAAAGUAAUUUCCCCCAUAACAAUUUUAAUGUCAAAGAACUGGACGAUUAAAACUGAGGGAAAAUUCAGGGGGACGGGCGGUCACAGUGACACCUAGCCCCCUCCCUGCUCCCCUUUCAUGGCCAGCGGAGGAGCUGCUUUUAAAAUACGAGACAGAGCGACGGGAAUAGAGGAAAAAAGGAGGGGACAAGGAAUCAGAGAGCUUCAAUCGAAUCUCUUACAAUAAAAAUACGAAC